AUCUGAUAUACUUACAAAUCAGAUGGAUAGUUAUCUCGUCAGGCUGCUAAACUAUAUUAAAUAGUUCUCUAAAACUUUGCUGUUAGAGUGUUCCUCCCUUCUUCCAACUUUCUUUCGCCUGCUCCUUAAAAAAGAACUACGCACACAUAUGAACAGUUUUCUAGUGUUUCUCCGCCCCUCUUACAUUCUCCUGUGACAUUCGACUCCCAAAAUGCAGACCCCGUCUCAAGCUGUCCACUGUUAUUCCUUAUGACGAAUGAUAGCCGAAAUUACGAAAUAUUUUACUGCCUUAGCAGGGACCGCAACAACUUGCGGUCAGUGUUGGCACUUGCUAAGGGUCCUCGGGAUGCCCCCAAAGAAAUGGCCAUUAGUAAACCUCAUAAUUGCUUCAUUUCAGUGCAACUAUUUCUUGAAAUGAGCUCAACUUUUGGGCAAGUUGUGGCAAAACCCUUUAACGACUGUUCGAGUAUUUGCGUAUUUCCCUCGAAUUCGAUACACAUCCCCGCAACCCCUGUUAAAAGUUUUACAAACCGGAUGUGGGGGAGGUGGAAAAGUGGGCGGUUUGCUGAGAUGUCUGAGGCGUUGAUUCUCUGCGCUUGUCUGUUCGACUUGCUGUUAAUUAAAAGGAAGACAACUCAAGUCGAGUCAAAGCACUGACAGCGUCCUCUCAGUCGUCAAGAACGAGGGGCGGUGGUUGGGGGUGGCAGAGGUCCUUUCAAGGGGAUGGAACGCGGAAUUAGCCACAGUGAAAAGUCAUUGCGUUGAUUACUUUUCAAAAUGACGCGCGCAAAUUUCCCAAAAAACUUUAAUUGUUUUGCAGGCAGGGUUGUCGACUGGUGAGGGAUUGGGGGGUUGCCAGGGGUUGUCUGGAGACGCAUUUAAAUGUGAAUUAAUUGCUGACCGAAAGCGUUGCAUAUAUGAGCAGCAGGAUUUAUGUGUGCGCGAUGAGUUGGCAGCAUAUCCAAGAGGCAGUAGCGAGAGCUAUUACCGGGAGGUUGUACCGGGAGGCUGACCUAAGAGCACAACCGGGGUCCAGUCAUGUUGUAGCCAUUAUGUGCGUCGUGGAAUUUUUAUGACCUUCUCCUCUACUUUUCCACUAGGUCCGCGAACUCGCAAACCGAAGAAGCCAGCGACGACGGGGGCAGCGGGCAGCGGCAGCGGCGACAAGUCCGAUGCGGAUGGUGGCUCCGGUUGCAGCGGUGUGCCGGAGGAUAAACGACCUCGCACCGCAUUUAGUGGCACGCAGCUGGCGCGUCUAAAGCACGAGUUUAAUGAGAAUCGGUAUUUGACGGAGAAGCGACGUCAGCAGCUGAGCGGGGAAUUGGGACUCAACGAGGCACAGAUCAAGAUCUGGUUCCAGAACAAACGGGCCAAGCUGAAAAAGUCGAGCGGCACCAAGAAUCCGUUGGCGCUGCAGCUGAUGGCGCAGGGACUCUACAAUCACUCGACGGUGCCGUUGACGCGCGAGGAGGAGGAACUUCAGGAGCUGCAGGAGGCGGCUGCGGCGUCGGCAGCGACUGCGACUGCGACGUCAUCAUCACCGUCAUAGGGCAAUAUUUAUAAUUAAUAUUAACAUUAAUAUUUAUAGCGUAGCGUGUAAGUUUAGUGCUUAAAGUUGCUAAACAAUUAAGUUGUAAAAUAUUCUAGUCUCCCCCCGCCGGCGCACGCGAUUCCACGCCUCUACCCCCACCCCAUCCCCGCAACCCCCUUUGCCAACAUUCAAACAAGCUGAGCACGAACACGAGCCGAGUUCGAGUUCGAAGCGAACCGAAGCGAAGCGAAGCUGGAACAUGGCGAAUAUGGCGAAAAGGGCUUUUGGGUUUCAAUCGCACUGCGCUGCGUGUUUUUGUAACAUAAAUAAAGCAACAAUAAGAAGAAGAAGAAGAAGAAGACGGAGAAGUAUGUAGAUGUAGAAGCAGAAGAGGAGAAGCAGCUGAGAAGUGGAUGAAAUGUUCAUAAAUAAAAUACAUAAUUUAAUAAACAUUUAAAUUAUACAC